AUGUUGAAUAUUUAUUUUAUCGUAUUAUUAAUUAUACCAUUCAUUAAUGUAAUACAAUGCGACGAUUCGACUACUACUACUACUAAUAAUAAUGGAUUUGGAUGUGGACCAAUGGGUAUUAAUAUUGAUACAGUGCUUCGUGGAUUAGAUCGACAAUCAUUUAUUCCAUGUUGUGUACAGCAUGAUUUAUGUUAUCGUACAUGUAAUCGAACUAGAUCACAAUGUGAUUGUGCAUUUUAUAGAUGUUUUCAACAAAGUUGUGUUAGUCGUUAUCCAAGAUGUAUUGAUUGUUAUGCUUAUACUAUUGAAUUCUUCGAAUUAGUUCGUAUUGGUGGUCUUCCAUCAUAUAUUCACGAUCAGGAAAAUAAUAACUGUACUGCUACAUAUGACAAUAAGGAGACAAACAAUAUAUCCAUGGAUAAAAACUAUGUACCUGAAAGUUAUUGUAAAGGAAUUAAUUAA